CGAAAUAUACGAGAGGCGUCGGAAUGACGAAAUGGAAAAAGUGAGAGCGCUUCGGAAACCGUUCGGAACCGUUACGCAACGACUUUUACCGGAAAAGCGGGAUAGAACGCUUUGAGAAUCUGCAGCAUUGCAAUUACUUCGCGGUACAGUGCGUUCUAAUUAUUGAAACGCGUUUCGCGUUGAUUAUUGCCAGCGCUUCUUUUCGCUCCCUUUUGAAGAGAUACCUUACAUACGUUUCUGUCAAUCUCUGAGAUACGUUAUACGCGAUAUGCGAUAUUUAUUUGUUUAUUUUUUUGUCGACUUAUGCGAUUUGAAAAAAACUUUUCUCCGCGUCAUUUGACUGUAUACCAACGAAGAAACUUUGGGAAGCUUUACUUUAGGAAGAAAAAUGGACAACAGAUGUCGCGACGUGUUUGGUCACGUGGGUCGUGGAGGUCUGAAAAAUAUUGGAAAGCAUGGCGAGCAUGCGGCGUUUGUGGUUAUAGCCGGCGUGUUUUGCACGUGAAGCUCGAAUAAAAAUUUAACACCGCGUUUGAAUUACGUACAAGUAGAAGAAAAAUGAAGAGAUCUUCCAAGUUGAGCAAAGUGAAUAGCAAGGCUGACUCUACUGUUGAAAAUGAAGAUUCGAUGAAUUCUGAAUCAGAUAACGACAAUACAAUGAAUUCGGAAAUUGACGAGGAGGAUUCAGCAAACUCGGAACCUGAUGAUGCAGAUCUGAUGGAAGACACAAACGACGACGAAGAUCCCGAAUCUGACGAUGUGGACUCGGUAGAGGAUGCAAAUGACGAGGAGGAAGAGAUAGAAUUGGACGAUCGUGAGACUGAAUCUCUCGUUGCGGAGAAGAAGAGGAAGAAAGUCACGGACGAGUUAGCUGGGGCAGCACCUAAGAAAAAGAAAAAGUUCGAAAACAGUCUUUACAAGCAGCCAACGGUCGAAGAGCUCAGUCAGCUUAGGGAGACUGAGAAUUUAUUCCACUCGAAUUUGUUCCGACUUCAGAUCGAAGAGGUUCUCAACGAAGUGAGGCUCAAAGAUAAAUAUAAAGCGCUAUUUGAAAUUUGGUUCGGGAAGUUGAAGGCAGCAAUUGAGUCUAUCGAAGAGACUGAAGAGAUUUCGCUUACGGAUAAUAAUUUGGAUGAUAAAUUAGACGUUUGUAUUCCCGUGCCGGAUGUACCAAAAGAAACCAAGAGCGUUUUCAAGUUCCUGAAGCCAUCCAACGUUAGCGUGGUUGGAUCCUACGAUUCGGGAUGCAUUCUCGGCACCGCCUUUACCGUGGACGUGAUGGUGGAGAUGCCGGCUGCUUUAUUCCGGAAGCAGGAUUAUCAGAACUAUGUGUACUUUAGAAAGAGAUCGACGUACCUCGCGUUCGUAGCGUCGACUCUAGGAAGCGAUAUUGUCGAGAGCAAGAGAUUUAUCGGCGACAAUCUAAGGCCUUGCCUGAAGCUUCGGCCCAGCGGAAGGUUGAACAAAAAGAUGGACGUGGUGAUACACGUGUCCGCGCAGGAGACUAGCUUUAAGCUGAAUAGAUUUCUGCCGGAGAAGAAUAGCGUUAGGCCAGGAUGGUAUUUUAACAAGAAAGAGAGCAGUUCCACCUUAGAAGGCGCAUCUUUACCGCCCACCCCGCACUACAACUCUCUGGUGUUGCGCGACUUGGUGAUGUCGCGGACGAAUUCCGAAGUCGCGCAAGUAAUAAAGGAGUAUCCGAAUUUGAGGGACGGUAUAAUCUUGCUGAAGAUAUGGCUGCGCCAGCGUGAGUUGAACAAGGGACACGACGGCUUCACCAACCAUCUCGUCACUAUGUUCGUCAUCUAUUUACUGCGCCAGAAAAAGCUCAACACUUUCAUGAGCAGUUAUCAGAUUCUACGGAAUGUCUGGAUUUGCUUAGCGCAGGGAAAUUGGUGCGAGAAUGGAAUUACCAUGUGCGAGGACAAGGAUAAUCAGAAACAAGUCUCCCAUUACCACAAUUACUACGAUUGUGUGUUUCUUGACACUACCGGCUAUCACAAUUUCGCGGCGAAUCUGUCGAAAGACACGUUUUCGUGGGUACAGAACGAAGCGGCGCUGUGCAUGAAGCACUUGGACAACAUACACGUGGACAGCUUUCACGCGCUUUUCAUGCGAAACGUGCCGUUUCGUAGAGCAUUUGAUCACAUUUUAUGGUUUCAGUAUGGAUUCAUUUUAAACAGAAUAGUGAACGAUAAAUCCAGCGUGGAUGACAAAUUGAAUUACGGGCCUGACAAACGCAUUCAGGCGAUUAAGGUACUUUUCGCAGUUCUGAAGAAAGGUCUGAGAGAUCGAAUUAAUCGAUUGUGCGUAUUACCCGAUAUAUGCAAGGAAUGGGAAUGCACCGAGGAGAUGCCAGAUAGUAUUGGAAAACUCGUUAUUGGGCUAGAAUUGAAUCCCGAAACAUGUUUCGACAUCGUGGACAAAGGACCUGAAGCUAAUUUACCAGAAGCAGUUGACUUUAGAAAUUUUUGGCACUCCAAAUCCGAAUUACGUAGAUUUAAAGACGGGACUAUUCGUGAGGCUGUGGUCUGGUCAAAAGGCAAAACUAUCGCGGACAAGAGGAUAAUAUGCAAGAAGAUAAUAAUGUUCUUGCUAAAAGCAAAGUUUAAUCUCUUCGAGAAUCAAUAUUUGUAUGUCGCGGAUCAAAUGGAAGAUUUGCUCAAGUUGCAAAAGUACAAAAUAACGCAUUUCGUAUACGGGACCGGUGAAGAAGCUACGCUGAAGGUUUUGCAAGCUUUUGACACCUUGGAGAAAAAUUUGAUGUCGCUGAACGAUAUGCCUUUAACGAUAAACGGUGUGCAAGGCUCGAGCCCGGUUUUCCGAUACGCGGAAGUCUUUCCGCCGCUUGCAACCGUUCAUCGGAAGGCCGACGGUGUCACCGAGGAGGACAAAAAUUGCUUGAGCCUUUCAAAGAACAUCAAGAAAUGUCCCAUGUACGUUCACGCACUCGAUGCGACGUUACAGUUGUCGAGUAGUGGGAAAUGGCCUGAGGAAUUGGAGGCUAUUAGGAAGACGAAGGCGGCGUUUCACAUACAAAUCGCGGAAUGCCUCAGGACGCAGUAUGAAUCGGCAGUGCAGGCCAAUCCUUCUUAUGUAGAUGUAUACCAGGACGGAUUCGUUUUUCGAUUAAGAGUGGCGCAUCAGAAGGAAAUCGCUUUAAUGAAACAAGUCAAGGAGGACGGAGUGAUUAAAUAUAGGGACAAUGAAGAAUCUAUCGAACUGGAGAACAAAUUGUUUCAUUUGCCGAAAUUGAGCAGUGCCUUGCAUGGAUUGCAUUCUCAACAACCGUCGUUCGGUCCCGCUUGCUGUUUGGCAAAACGCUGGUUGUCGGCGCAACUGUUGGACGAUACUCAUAUACCAGGGAUUGUGAUUGAAUUGCUCAUGGCAUCGCUGUAUCUAUCACCGGAGCCGUAUAAGCCGGCCCAGACGCCGCAAAUGGCAUUUCUACGAUUUCUGGAAGUUGUUGCGAGAGCUCACUGGAACACCGAUCCCGUCAUUGUUAAUUUCAACGGCGAGAUGACCAAUGAAGAAAUCGCCACCGUAGAGACGUUAUUUAAUACAGCUCGCAGUUCUGUACCACCCUUAUUCAUAUCCACCCCUUACGAUCAGCAGAAAUCCCUGUGGACGAGGAAAGCGCCGUCGCAGCUGAUUUUAAACCGUAUAAGCGUGCUCGCGUGCGAAUCGCUGAAAUUAUUCGACGACUCGUUGUUCAGUAAUACAAUCCUGGACGUAAAACCUAUGUUCCGUCCUCCGCUCUCGGAGUACGAUUGUUUGUUACAUCUGAAGUUAAACAUGAUUCCUAGACGACUGCAAGCGGUCGAUAAACCCAGCAAAGCAAAGAUCGUAGAUUUACAUCCAUAUAAGACUCACUCCCUUCAAAAAAUUCCAGUCGUCGACUUCGAUCCCGUACAAUGUUUCUUGAAAGAUCUAAGAGACGGUUAUGGGGACUACGCCUUGUUUUUCCAUGAUACUUAUGGUGGCACGGUGAUCGGCGUUCUGUUGAAACCCGCUGUCCUCGAGCGUAAAGAUUUCAAAGUGUCGGACGCCAAUUGCAGAAAAUUCGACGCCGAUGGUAAACUCGUUUUAAACAUUUCGACGAUGAUCGAGGACUUUUAUAUUCUUGGGAGAGGUAUUGUACGUACGAUUGACUUUCUGAACAAAAAGUUAUCCUUAACGAUGUCAGAAUCGACUACGUAGAUACGUCCAAUGUUCGAGAAUCAUCUCGAGAUCUGCGAAACGUUAAUCUGUAAAUAUAGAAAAUAAAUAUAUUUUAUUAUAAAAAGAAA